CAUUCUGCAUACACUCUCACAAAGAAACUUUCACUAUAUUACAUUACUUAUUCACUAACUUUUCUCAUUCUUUAAUCAUCUUCUUUAUUAUCAUCAUCAUCAAACAUCAUUAUCUUAUUCAAGAUUUCUAUCUCUUCUCUCAUUUAACAUCUUCUAUCUGUUGUUCAUCUAUUACAUUAUAUGUGUUUCUGGUGAUGACUCUCUGUUCUCAUAACAAGCAUUCUCAUAGUGCUUAUAUCAGGCAGUUUGUUGACAGUAAGUGUAAU